AUGAACAAGUCCAUUGAGGAUUCAGGAAAUCAGGUCACCAUCAACAACCCGGCAGACAUCAUCGUAAUUAUUGGCUACUUUGUGGUCGUCAUUGGAGUUGGAAUUUGGUCGAUGUUUCGGACUAAUCGUGGCACGGUGGGUGGCUACUUCCUCGCAGGGCGUACCAUGGUGUGGUGGCCAGUCGGAGCUUCUCUGUUUGCCAGCAACAUCGGAAGCGGCCAUUUUGUUGGCCUCGCAGGAACUGGUGCUGCCAGUGGGAUUGCUGUCGGAGGUUUUGAAUGGAACGCUUUAUUUAUCGUGCUGCUGCUGGGAUGGCUGUUCGUUCCAGUGUAUUUGACAGCUGGAGUGAUCACUAUGCCACAAUACCUGAAGAAGAGAUUUGGUGGGACGAGAAUUAGUUUGUACCUCUCAGUCAUCUCACUUUUCCUCUACAUCUUCACGAAGAUCUCUGUGGAUAUGUUCUCUGGAGCAGUGUUCAUACAGCAAGCCCUCGGAUGGAACAUCUACGUUGCAGUCAUUGCUUUACUUUCCAUAACGGCGCUCUAUACUGUGACAGGUGGUUUGGCAGCUCUGAUGUACACGGACACGGUCCAGACCUUUGUGAUCAUCGCUGGAGCCUUUGUCCUCAUGGGAUUCUCCUUUUAUGAGGUCGGUGGAUACAGUGCUUUACUAAAGAACUAUGGUUCAGCGCUACCAUCAAUCAGCUUGGCCUCAGACCUCCAGCGCCUGAAUAUCUCCCCACAGUGUUAUACACCACGUGAGGACGCCUUCCACCUGCUGAGGGAUCCUGUGAGUGGAGACCUGCCAUGGCCUGGGGUGUUAUUUGGUAUUGCUAUUAUUGGAGGAUGGUACUGGUGCACUGACCAGGUCAUUGUUCAGCGCUGUCUGGCUGCCCGCAGUCUGACUCAUGUCAAGGCGGGAUGUAUCUUGUGCGGCUACCUGAAACUGCUGCCCAUGUUCCUCAUGGUGUUCCCAGGCAUGAUCAGCAGAAUCCUUUACCCUGAUGAGGUCGGGUGUGUGGUGCCAAGCGAAUGUAAGAGAGUGUGUGGGACAGAAGUUGGCUGCUCCAACAUCGCUUACCCCAAACUGGUGGUCUCUAUCAUGCCCAAUGGUUUGAGGGGUUUGAUGCUUGCGGUCAUGCUUGCAGCACUCAUGAGCUCUUUAGCCUCCAUCUUCAACAGCAGCAGCACUUUGUUCACCAUGGACAUAUGGACACGCAUCAGGCCUCAGGCCCGAGACAGGGAGCUCAUGAUCGUCAGCAGGAUAUGGGUGCUCUGCAUUGUUGCAAUCAGCAUUUCCUGGAUCCCUGUGGUCCAGGCUGCCCAGAGUGGUCAGUUAUUCGACUAUAUCCAAUCAGUAACGAGUUACCUAGCCCCACCUAUCGCAGCUGUCUUCUGUCUGGCUAUUUUUGUGAAGAGAGUUAAUGAGCCGGGGGCUUUCUGGGGACUAAUGGGCGGCCUGGUGAUGGGUUUAUGCCGCAUGGGUCCCGAGUUCUACUUUGGCUCAGGUACCUGUCUCGUUCCUUCCACAUGCCCUUCACUGAUUUGUGGGGUUCAUUACCUGUAUUUUGCGGUGCUGCUUUUCAUCUGUACCGGCAUCCUCGUGCUCCUCGUGAGCUGCUGCACGCCACCUAUAGACGACAAACACCUUCACCGCCUUGUCUUUAGCUUGCGAUUCUCAAAGGAAGAAAGGCUCGAUCUGGACUGGGAGGAAGAGGAACGAGGAAGGAACGCUCGCAGAGAAGCGGCGGAAAAAAAAGCCGCGUGUGACAAGGACAACACUGGAAACCGGAGUAACUCCGGACUUCCCCGUUUAAUCGCCUGGUUCUGUGGCUUCGGUGGCUCUCAGGCUCCUGAACCGACCGAAGAACAAGUCAGAGAAGCGUCAAAAGACCUGCCAGAUAUAACCGAAGACCCAGUCUGGAAGCACUUGGUUAACGCGAAUGCGCUGAUCAUGAUGGCAGUGGCUGUCUACUUUUGGGCUUUCUAUGCAUAACAGGAACUCGUUACACAUCCCUUUAUCUGUUCUAUGAAAACCAUUAUGCAAGUAUGAACUCAGAACUGGAUUUAGCACCUAGUAAUCUUUAAGACUUGGACAUUUGCUUUGAUCUGUAUGAAUUAACUCUGCUCCAAGGCUAAAGUCAGACUGAAGUUCUGUCAGAUUAUUUAUGACAAUUAAAAAAAAAAAAAAUCCCAAACCAUAAAGUAAUAUUUCACACUGCACAAAAGCCCAGUCUACAGUAAUCUAUUACC